GUUUAAGUAUUUAAAAAAUCCACUCGAAUUUUUUACCUUUCGUCGUACAAUUCGAAUCAGCACUUCGUAUGAUACUUUUUCGGUGACUUGAAUAAUUGCUCUAUGAAAUUUAACACCUGUACAGCUGUCAGAUAUUUGUUUCCAUAGCUUCGUCGGAAAGACGCAAUAUUUUUCGAUAACGAAUUCCGAAAGAACACGAGGCUCGUUCGUGUGAUGGCUGUAGAUAAAAAAAAGAAUCGAAUAGCACUGAAUACACCGUGAAAUUGAUGGCUCCGACAAAUUUCGACCAGCCACACCUAUCACUAUUCGAAUUUCAUAAAUUACUGAAAUACGAUUUAUUAGCGAUUUUCGUUCUAUCAAUUGGUGUUUCUAGAUUUUUUAUCUGUUCCUUUUAUGGCACUCAUAAGAAGGGAUAAAAGAAGAUUACAUUAGGUUUUUAUGCCCAGUUGUUGAAAAACUUUGUGCCAAGCUUCAUCAUCGCUUUAACGGUGCUUUUUUUUUCACCGAAUCUGUUUUAUUCGAAGUAAGUCGACUCGAUUAUCGUACAGAAUUUGCUUAUUUAGUGGUUCACGAAUAUUUCGCUCUCGACGCUCUCGACUGAUAUCUCAUACAGCACAGGAAUGAUAGAAACUGCUGUUCAAAUGUUCUUCUACUGACCAAACAUUGAAUAGACGUCUAAAACGUUUCCUGACGUCAAGCAGUACAAUCAUUAAUCAGAAAAAAUGUCUAAAGAACUUUUUCCUCGCAAUUUUUUUUGUUUUUGCUGUUUGAGAUAAAACGAUCGAUGUAGAAUUGAAUUUUUUCAUUUAUUUGGCAACCAAAAUUCUAUCGCGUUGUCUAAUUUAUUCAAAUUUCUAAGAAAUGGGGUCAAUGAAAAUUCUCUGUAUCGCCCUUUUGGGAUUCGCCAUCGUUCAGGCACAGUCUGGAAUAACCGAAUCUACAGGAACAACGUCGUCGACCGAAUCGGCCCCAGUUUCGUCUGAUGAUAUUGCAAACCAGCUGAAAAAAUUGAACGAAUUCACCACUAAACGUGUCCAAGGAGUCGUUGACGCCUUCUACCAAGGGGUUGCCAAGGUGCGACAAGGAUUGUCCGAUUUGAAGGCACAAGGAGUUGCGACUACAAAUAAAUUUACAACAAAGAUUAAAAAUGGAGCCAUAGAGUUGAAAAAAGAAGCGUCCGGACUGCUUCAGGAAAUCUCUUCUGCGAUGAAGUCCUUCUUCUCAGUCUUCCGCGAGAGAGGAAACAGAUUCAAUAACACCAAUCCUGAAGAGAUGAGGAUCCUCAUCUAGAUAUGAAGGAAUCUCAGGGAAAGUUGAAAAACGUAAGUUCACCAUGAAAUUUCAAUGAUUUUUGAAGUUCUCAGUGGAAAACUUACGAUAAAAAUUGAAGUUUUUUAAUUAAACCCGGAAUGAAAACUCCAAGAUCGCAGUUGCUCUAUUUCAUUUUAAACUGAUGAACGUUUACAUAUUUGGAGAAUUGAAAAUAAAAAACAAUCCACGAGUCGAACGCAUGAAUGUUCCACGGCGGAAGCGCGACAAUAUUGAGAUCUGCGUGUUUCUUGGAAAAAAAGAUGAACACACCAUAGUUAUAUGAAAAUCAAUUACGAAUGAUAAUUACGAUACGAACGGCGUCAAGCGUUCGCUCCGUUAUCGCAUACUGCGCAUAGUAAAAUUUUUCUUGUAUCAAAACAUGUUACGAAACACCAAGUGUACGAAUUCUUAAGCAAUUUAAUAAAAUGAUGAGAAGCUUCAA